GGCGGAGUUCCGAGAGAGAAGGGAGAAAGGAAAGAGGCGGGCGGGAGGCCAGAGGCCUAGGCUGCCGAAAUGAAUGAUGAUGAUGAUGUUCCUCAGCUUUCAACUGAAGCUUUAGCUGCUCUGCAGGAGUUCUAUGUCGAGCAACAACAGAGAGAAGCUAAGACUACUGAUAAAACUCACAGUUAUUCAGUUGGCUCUAUUGAAGAGAACUGGCAACUGAGCCAGUUUUGGUAUGAUCCUGAGACAGCAUUUUGUUUAGCUAAUGAGGCCAUAAGAGCAGCUGGGAAAGGUGGCAGGAUAGCUUGUGUCAGUGCCCCGAGUGUUUAUCAGAAACUGAAAGAGCAAGACUGCCAAGGCUUUUCAACCUGCAUUUUGGAGUAUGACCAAAGAUUUUCUGUGUAUGGAACCGAGUAUAUUUUCUACGAUUACAACAGCCCUUUGAAACUUCCAGCCCACCUUGAAGCACAUAGUUUUGAUAUUGUCUUGGCAGAUCCACCCUACCUAUCUGAAGAAUGUCUCCAAAAAAUAGCAGAAACGAUUAAAUACUUAACUAAAGGAAAGAUUCUGCUCUGCACAGGUUUAAUCAUGGAAGAAUAUGCUGCUAAAUAUCUUGGUGUGAAAAUGUGCAAGUUUAUUCCAAGACAUGCUCGAAAUUUAGCUAAUGAAUUUCGAUGCUAUGUGAAUUAUGAUUCUGGACUCGAUUUGGAUACUCUCUCUUGAUACCCCCAAUAAAUAUUAAUAGGAUUUUUCAAGCUGGAGUGAUUUUUCCUUUUCUGACAAAGUAAACACCUUCCAUUUCUUUUUUUAAUGAUGUUAUCCAUCAUCAUUUUUUGUUUCUGUUACGUUUUGGCUGAUAUGACUCCCUUUGUAAGGGAGAUAGGCAAUUUAUAAAUUUGAUAAAAAAAUAUUUUUCUAGGUUUGCUUUUUGGUAUCUUAUGUAGAAGGAGGUGCUAUUAUCCAUAAUUAGAGUAUAGUGUUGAUUUUAACAAUUUGAUACACAUACUGGAGAGCUACCUUUCUGAAAUAGAGAAGGGAUAAUAAUUAUUUCAAUAUAUUGAAUUUCCUCUCCCUUGUAUUAAAGGAGUCGUAUGAAUAUUGCUUCUUUCAGGCAUAAAAGACCAUCAGUGCAUUAAAACAUUAGGAAUGCAUUCACAAUAUUAUUUUACUAUACACCAUUCUGCAUGAUCUUUAUUUUACUUUGUACAGUAAUAUAUGGGUCUCUACUUAAAAACAUUUUUUGAUGGAGGAGAUAAAGAGUUCUCUUUUUAAAUCCACACUGGGCUUGACCAGGCAAACUGCAAUAAAGUAAUUUUUUUUUCAAC